AUGUUGGACCUAGCAAGCGAUAACGUCGAAGUUCGUGUUCUUACACCGUUAUCAUCAGCAGCAGUCGUGGCCGAGUGGUUAAGGCGUCUGACUAGAAAUCAGAUUCCCUCUGGGAGCGCUUCAUUCAGCAUAGCACACGCUCAACCCGGCGGAAUGGAAUUAAGCCCAAAUAUAAUCAACGCACUUAUAAAGGCUUAUGGAAUGAAGAGCCAAAAUGGCGGGGAAACAAUACAGGGCGAUGAACAACCCCAAGAGAUUUACCAACAGCAACUCCCUCCUCAGUAUAACAGACCAAGUCCACCAAACCAACAUGGUUACGAUAUAGAAGAAAGUGAACAAGAUUAUGGUUUACCUCAGAGACAACAUGUGCAUCCACAACAGCAUCCACAAUUGCCUCCUCAACGUCCUCAACAACCACCUCAAGGUCCUCCACAAAUACAUACUAAUCAACCACAAGGUCCUCCACAGAUGCGUCAUCAACCACCACAAGUUCCUCCUCAACAUCCUUCACAAAUGCAUCCCAAUAACCCACAAGGUCCUCCUCGUCAUCCUCCACAAAUGCACCCCAAUCAACCACAAGGUCCUCCUCGUCAUCCUCCACAAAUGCACCACAAUCAACCACAAGGUCCUCCACAAAUGCAUCCACAAGGUCCCCCACCAAUGCACCCCAAUCAACCACAAGGUCCUCCAAAAAUGCAUCCACAAGGUCCCCCACCAAUGCAUCCACAAGGUCCCCCACCAAUGCAUACACAAGGUCCCCCACCAAUGCACCCCAAUAAACCACAAGGUCCUCCACAAAUGCAUCCACAAAGUCCUCCACAAAUGCAUCCACAAGGCCCCCCACCAAUGCACCCCAAUCAACCACAAGGUCCUCCACGAAUGCAUCCACAACACCCACAGUUACCCCCACAAUCGCCUCAAAGACCUACCCCUCCCCAAGGACAUGGACACCCAAACGAAGAACAUCUGACACAGUAUCGUCAGCAAAUGCAUCAGCAAAACCAGCAGAUUCAGCGUCAUCAGCAAAUACGUCAGGAAGAUGAAGAAGUUUCAUUCCGUCAUAGGUUUCAUCCUCAACCUCAGCAGGAAGAAUCAGAAGAACCACAGAAAGUCUCCAGGACUUUAAAGACAGGACCAAUGAGAAUAGUCCGUCCUUCUCAUCAAUAA